AUGGAUCAGCAGCCGUCUGCACUGGGCUCAUUAACACCCGCCCAAAGGGCGCAACUGGUAGAUCAGAUGAAAGCAGAAGUAGCUAUUGCAAGCACUCGUGAACUGAUGGAUCAAAUGACCCAAAAGUGUUUUGAAAAGUGCAUAUCUAGACCGGGUACUUCUCUCGACAAUUCUGAACAAAAGUGUCUUGGUAAUUGCAUGGAUCGAUACAUGGAUUCAAUGAAUUUAAUCUCCAAGGUGUUUGUCAAUCGUCUGCGGCAGGAGGCUAACAAGUUAUAG